UGAUGCUAAUCUCUUAGCAGUACUUCCAAAAGUUUCAGAAUUAAGAAAACUGUUUGAACCAAACAACCAAGAUUUUUUGGAAAUGAAAAGAAAAGAGAGAAUAGCUAGACGCUUAGAGGGAAUUGAAAAUGACACACAACCUAUGCUUCUACAAAACUGUCCAGGAUCAGUCACACACCGUUUACUAGAGGAAGAUACACCAAGAUAUAUGCGUGCAACUGAUCCAUACAGUCCCCACUUAGGAAGAUCAAAUGAAGAGGAGGAAACUUCAGAUUCUUCUGUAGAAAAACAACCCAGAUCAUCCAGAUACCGAGCAGAAAUCACAGGAGGUAAUACAGAGCCCUUGUACAGUACAGGAAACAUGGAUGUCCAGGAGCUAGAGUCAAAAGCAGAAAGAAUAGCUAGGUACAAGGCAGAGAGGCGGCGCCAGCUGGCAGAAAAAUACGGAUUAUCUCUUGAUUCUGAUUUGGAUUCUGACUACUCAUCCAGAUACACGCGGGCAAGGAAAGAUCCCGACAGUGUGGAAAGAAAGGGAGUGAAAAGUGAAAGGCAAGAUGAUGAAAACAAGGACUGUGGCUCCCUGUAUUUGAGCAGGACUGAGAUGAAGGAGUCAAAGAGUGUGAUUUCUGAAUCCAAAGAGUACUCCAGCCAUGAAAAAGAUGGUGUUCCAGAUAAAGAAGACCUCUCAAAUGAAAAGAGUGAUAGAAAAGCAGAUGAUGACAGUGCCAUUAGACAAGCUUCUGACCCUUCAGCAACCUUGGAUAGUUCUAUCUCCCUUUCCCUUUCUGGACGAGAAUCUUCCUCCUACAACGAAGUGCCAAUAUCACCAAAGCAAAUCCCCAGAGAGUCCCUUUCUUCACCAAAGCGGGCAGCCUCACCAAUCCAUUUGCAGAAUGACCAGCCCUUGCACAGUAACAUCAGACAAAGUAGUGCAGGGAAAGCAAAACCUGAAUGGUUUCUUCAGAAAGAUUCGGAAGGGGACACACCUUCACUUAUCAGCUGGCCCUCCAGAGUAAAAGUUAGAGAGAAACUGGUGAAAGAGGAAAGUGCUCGUGGAAGCCCUGAACUUGUCACAGACACAGUAUCUCAGAGAAAAUCCCAUCCAGUGCCAGCCCACUACAUGCCUCUUCAGACAGAAACAUCUGCCUUUGAUAGGGUUAUAAAUCAGCCCGUCAGUUCAGUCCGCCAACCAAUACAUGGCUAUAUUCAGCCUGCUGGCAUUGCUCACACAGCUCAGCUGAUGGCAACAGAAGAACCAGCAAACAUCUCUGUUGGCAGCCACCUCCUACCAGACAAUGUUAGCCUCUUAACAAAACCGUCAGCAGCCACUGCAUCAGAGAGUGAAAAGAAAGAGGCACUUGGUUAUGGAGCAAAGCCUGAUGAAAAAGAUUCCUUGGAGGGUGAACAGGCUUCCAAAGGCAGAAGACCAAUUUUGCCAUCUGAGAUUCGCAGGCAAGGGAAGAACCAUGAAGGCCUUUUUGGAGGAGGAGAAUUGGAUACCCCCGUGGGGAGUUCCUCUUUCGCAAGCAAGCUGAAAGUUAACUCAGAAGUUCAGAGGGAGCUGGAGUGCAAUAAGAGGCAGGCUCCUGAGCAGCAGUUUAAGACCCCUGAGAACAUAGAAAGGAGUGAAGCUGUUAUGUACAUACAGAGUGGGUCUGUAUCACAGCCUGCCAAGGCAAAAGCUCCUGUUCGGAAAGUGUCGACAGCAAAGCAUAAAGUCCUGACUCGCUCAAUGUCUGACUAUACUGUGGCUCCUAAGCUAGAAGCUUUUAAAAGUAAGGAGAGCAUGGAAGCAAAUGCACCAAACGGUGAGAUUGGCAUGGUUGACACAAAAGUCUCUGUUGCCCAGCUCCGUAAUGUCUUUCUGGAGACUGCUAAUGCCAACAAGAAAACAGAACUGUCAAUUUUGAGUGCAGAAAUACCAACUGCUGAAGACGAAGAAAAAUUGGACGACCGAGCCAAACUAAGUGUAGCUGCAAAGAGGCUGCUUUUUAGAGAAAUGGAAAAAUCAUUUGAAAUGAAAAAUAUUCCUAAACCACCUACAAGAAGUUCAGCAGUAGAGAGAAGACUGCGGCGUUUGCAGGAUAGAUCACACACACAACCAAUUACCAGUGAGGAAGUGGUCAUUGCAGCUACCUUGCAGGCAUCAGCACACCAAAAAAUUUUAGCUAAAGAGGAGAUAAGAGCAGCCAAAGAGGCGAUGGGGCAAGAUCAGUCUGAGGAACCAGAUUCUUCCACCUUAAGUUUGGCAGAAAAGAUGGCUUUGUUUAAUAAACUGUCUCAACCAGUAUCCAGGGCCAUCUCCACAAGGAGUCGAGGAGAUAUUAGGCACAGGAGAAUGAAUGCUCGUUACCAGACUCAGCCAGUCACUCUUGGAGAAGUUGAGCAGGUACAAAGUGAAAGUGGAAAAAUUACUCCCCUGUCAACUGCAGUUGCAACAUCAGUUUCAACGAUGGCAUCUGCCCUUUCUCCACUGUAUGCUGGAGACCUGCAUGCAAAGCCAGCUAGUGAUGGAAGCAUGAGCACUGCCACUAGAGCUGAUUUGAGAUUCCACUCUUCAGCAGAAAACUCGGACUCUUCAGGAAAACGCACACAGAAGUCGGAACAGUGGCAGCCCUCGAUGGAAGCACUAGAAAGCAACAGAGCUUCAAAGAAGCAUGAAGAAGAGAGAAAAAGGUUUCUAGCACAUGAAUCUAAUGAAAUUACAAAGUACAGCUCCUUUGAGGAAGAAACAACACAUCCUGUUCCUGAAAAAACAGGAGACUACCAUAAAGAGACAACAUACAACUUCCUGAGGAAGGGCAGCAUGGAACUGUUUAGUUCACAAGCACUUUUUCAGCCUCUUGAACAGAAGGAAAUUGAUACUCGCAUGCAAGACCACGCUGAACCUACUUCUGAACUCACCAGCACAUCAGCAAUGAGGACAGCUUCACAAACUGCAGCUGCAGCAUCCUGUAGACUACAGGAGCUCUCUGAACAAUUGGAAGGCAAAUUUAAUAAGAAUUCCUGUGAGAUGUUUUCUGUUGGAGAGAACAAAGCACAAACGACUGAGGAUGUCCUUGAUAAUUCUAGCAAAACUAUGUCAAUUAAGGAAAGGUUGGCAUUGCUGAAGAAGAGUGGUGAAGAAGACUGGAAGAGCAGGCUCAGCAAAAAGCAGGAGUAUGCAAAAGUGUCCGUCACUGAUCGUAGCACGCAGAUGCAAGAAGUUGAGCAGCUGUUGAAGAAGCAGAGAAUGGCAGAUAACCAUGAGAGUCAAAUGACCAUUGAAGAAAGGAAACACCUGAUUACAGCUCGAGAAGAAGCCUGGAAGUCCAAGGGUAAAGGGGCAGCCAAUGACUCCACGCAGUUCACUGUAGCUGGCCGAAUGGUUAAAAAAGGCCUGGCUUCUCCAAGUGCGCUAACACCGGUAGCAUCCCCUUUCAGUAACCGGCAGAAGUCUACCACUCCAGUUACAAAGCCCUUGGAAGAAAUUGAAGCCAGGCCUGAUAUGCAAUUGGAAUCAGAUAUGAAGCUUGACAAGUUGGAGUCGUUCUUGGGAAGGCUGAAUAACAAAGUUGCUGGGAUGCAAGAGACAGUGCUGACAGUUACAGGAAAAUCUGUGAAAGAGGUGAUGAAGCUGGAUGAUGAUGAAACGUUUUCCAAAUUCUAUCGCCAUGUGGAUUUCCCUUCCUCCUCAGUGCCUUUGGACCUUGAUGAGGACUUUGAUGCCAUCUUUGAUCCUUAUGCACCAAAGUUAAUAUCUUCUGUAGCAGAGCACAAACGUGCAGUUAGGCCUACACGCAGAGUCCAGUCCUCAAGAAACCCCCUGAAAAUGCUGGCAGCAAGAGAAGAUAUUCUUCACGAAUAUACUGAACAAAGACUGAAUGUUGCCUUCAUGGAGUCAAAGAGAAUGAAAGUAGAAAAAAUGUCUACAAACUCGAAUUUCUCAGAAGUAGCACUUGCUGGCUUGGCAAGCAAAGAGAACUUCAGCAACGUUAGCCUGCGGAGUGUUAAUCUAACAGAGCAAAACUCUAACAACAGUGCUGUGCCAUACAAGAAGCUAAUGCUGCUACAAAUUAAAGGAAGAAGACAUGUUCAAACAAGAUUAGUUGAACCAAGGGCCUCGUCACUGAACAGCGGAGACUGUUUCCUGUUGUUAACUCCACAUUUCUGCUUCUUAUGGGUAGGAGAGUUUGCAAAUGUCAUAGAAAAAGCAAAGGCUUCAGAACUUGCAACUUUAAUUCAGACUAAGAGGGAACUUGGCUGUAGAGCUUCUUAUAUACAGACUAUACAAGAAGGAAUAAAUACCCAUACCCAUGCAGCCAAAGACUUCUGGAAACUCCUUGGUGGACAGACAAAUUACCAGUCUGCUGGAAGUCCUGAAGAAGAUGAAAUGUAUGAAGCUGCAAUAAUAGAAACAAAUUGCAUUUACCGCCUCGUAGAAGAUAAACUCAUUCCUGAGGAUGACUACUGGGGAAAGGUGCCAAAAUGUACCCUGCUACAACCAAAAGAGGUGCUGGUGUUUGAUUUUGGCAGUGAAGUAUAUGUCUGGCAUGGAAAGGAAGUUACUUUAGCACAAAGAAAAGUGGCAUUCCAGCUGGCAAAACACUUGUGGAAUGGCACCUUUGACUACUCCAAUUGUGACAUAAAUCCUUUGGACCCAGGGGAAUGCAAUCCCCUCAUACCCAGAAAGGGACAAGGACGCCCAGACUGGGCUGUGUUUGGCAGACUCACAGAACAUAAUGAGACCAUACUGUUCAAAGAAAAAUUUCUUGAUUGGACAGAGCUGAAGAAACUCAACGAGAAGAAUUCUAGUGAAUCCCUUCACCAGAAGGAAGAAUCCAGAUCUGACUCUAAACCAUAUGAUGUCAUGCUAAUGGUAGCUGUGCCCCAAACGACUGUAGGCACAGUCUUGGAUGGAAUGAAUAUUGGCAGGGGCUAUGGACUUGUAGAAGGAGAAGAUGGGCGGCAGUUUGAAAUUAUCACUGCAUCUGUGGAUGUCUGGCACAUCCUGGAAUUCGAUUAUAGUAGACUGCCUAAGCAAAGCAUAGGGCAGUUCCAUGAGGGAGACACAUAUGUGGUGAAGUGGAAGUACAUGGUGAGCACUACAGUUGGAAGCAGGCAAAAAGGAGAGCAACAAGUAAGAGCUGUUGGAAAAGAGAAAUGCGUAUAUUUCUUUUGGCAAGGAAGGCACUCCACAGUGAGUGAGAAAGGGACAUCAGCACUGAUGACAGUAGAACUUGAUGAAGAGAGAGGAGCACAGGUACAAGUGCUUCAAGGGAAAGAACCGCCAUGCUUCCUGCAGUGCUUCCAAGGAGGGAUGAUUGUGCAUGCUGGAAGAAGGGAAGAGGAAGAAGAAAAUGCACAAAGUGACUGGAGGCUAUAUUGCGUGCGAGGAGAAGUUCCCAAUGAAGGAAACUUACUUGAAGUAGCAUGUCACUGCAGCAGCCUGCGUUCCCGGACAUCCAUGAUUGUCCUCAAUAUAAAUAAAGCUCUUAUCUACCUGUGGCAUGGCUGCAAAGCACAAUCUCACACCAAGGAUGUAGGAAGAACAGCAGCCAAUAAAAUAAAAGAACAAUGUCCGCUGGAGGCAGGGCUGCACAGCAGCAGCAAGGUGACGAUACAUGAAUGUGAUGAAGGGUCAGAGCCCUUGGGAUUCUGGGAUGCAUUAGGAAGGAGAGAUCGAAAGGCCUAUGAUUGCAUGUUGCAAGAUCCUGGAAAGUUUAAUUUCACCCCCCGCCUGUUCAGCCUCAGUAGUUCAUCAGGAGAAUUCUCAGCCACCGAGUACGUUUACCCUUCAAGAGACCCUGCUGUCAUCAAUUCCAUGCCAUUCUUGCAAGAGGAUCUUUACACUGCCCCACAGCCAGCACUGUUCCUUGUUGACAAUCACCAUGAAGUGUACCUGUGGCAAGGCUGGUGGCCUGUGGAAAACAAAAUUGCUGGAUCAGCUCGAAUCAGAUGGGCUACAGACAGGAAAUGCGCCAUGGAGACAGUGCUGCAGUACUGCAAAGGAAAAAAUGUAAAGAAGCCCCCCAAAUCCUAUCUAAUUCACGCUGGCCUAGAGCCUCUGACCUUCACUAAUAUGUUCCCAAGUUGGGAACACAGGGAAGACAUCGCAGAGAUCACAGAAAUGGAUGCUGAUGUUUCCAAUCAGAUAAUCCUUGUAGAGGACGUGCUGGCCAAGCUGUGUAAAACAGUGUAUCCACUAGCAGAUCUCUUAGCUAGGCCUCUACCUGAGGGAGUUGACCCACUGAAGCUUGAAAUUUAUCUUUCAGAUGCGGACUUUGAGGUUGCAUUAGAAAUGACAAGAGAAGAGUACAAUGCACUGCCAUCUUGGAAGCAGGUUAAUCUGAAGAAGGCUAAAGGACUUUUCUAAAUCGUGUUUAUUGGAGUGAGCACUAAAGGGAUGUCUGGUUUCACUUUCUAUGCCCUUUAGAAGAAUUGUACCCCACAUUUACAGAAUAAAUAGAAAUAAUCUGAAGUUAUUAGUAACUACCUAUCUGGAGGUGUGUAAUAUUAUAAAAGGCCAAGAGAACUCUGGAAAUGGAAUUCAAUUUUGACUCUUAAAGGUAAUGUGUUUAAGCUCUGCUCUCCUAUGCACUUAAACAGUAGUUUCUUGAGCUACUGCUGCAGGCAUCCUUUGGCUAUAUACAAUACUUGCCAUUUUUGUUUUUGAAGAAGUUCUCUUUGUAAAGUGUUAUUUUGUUAGUUUGUGGAUUACAAAGAAUUUAUAUUUAUAUAAACACAUAGAACAAGUAUGUAUUUAACAAUGCAAUAUAUAGUCACUUUCAAGACUUUCAUGUCAAAACUACAAAAAGUAGCUGGAUGGCAGUUGCUUGUACUGAAUUAGCUAUACCACCGAUAUGUAUCCCCUACGCAUUCUGAAGAGUUUCUCUUUGCAAUAGUUAAUGAAUUGUUCUCAGUGCUGCUUCAGGUGCUAAACCGAACAAAGCGUUUGUAUUUAUAGCAUGGAUUUCUUGAGAAACUAUGCGAAUCAACCUUUAUACUUUAUUAUCCAAAAAUGUAUAGUGCCUUGUUUUUUGUGUACAGUUUAUAUACAAAAAAAAAAAGAUUGGUCUGCAUUUUGAAGAUGGCUUAGAA